AUGGGGGAGGCUAUAGCAGUGGAUGGUGGGUCUCCACCUUCUGUGCAGAUCAUGUUUUCUGCCCUUGACGAAGAAAAGCAGGGAGACUGUGCUCUACCUCCUGAGGAAGGAGAGGGCUUACAGGUCGCUGCAGGCGGACGCCCUGGCGAGCCCCCUCCCCCUCUAUGCAAACCUGUAAAAAUUUAUCCACCACUUCCUGAUUUAAGGAGACCACCACCACCUCCGCUUAUUUCAAACAACAUUGAUUAUAUUAUUACUAAACAUUCAAAGAAAACGUGGCACCAUGAGCAGCAGGAGCAACAAAUGAUUUGGCAAUUAUGCCAGCUAAGGAAGCUGACACUGGAAAAUGCCAAAGUGUAUCUCCACACCAGCCAUCCAUCUCAAAGACUGGAAACAACUGUAGGGCUUAAAACUCACUUCAAUGUCUUUUGGAAUUUGCAGAUCAUAAACGAGAUAUUUAAGAAAGUCCUUUCCCCGCCUCUCCAGGAGUGUUUCUUGCAUCACUGGAAAUAUAUUGAUUUUGGAACUUAUCCCUUUGUGACCUCUUCGAACUGUACAGUUGGAGGUGUGUGUACUGGCUUGGGUAUGCCCCCUCAAAACGUUGGAGAAGUGUAUGGAGUUGUGAAAGCUUAUACAACUAGAGUUGGUAUUGGUGCCUUCCCUACAGAGCAAGACAAUGAAAUUGGAGAAUUAUUACAAACAAGGGGUAGAGAGUUUGGUGUAACGACAGGAAGGAAAAGAAGAUGUGGCUGGUUGGACCUUGUUUUGCUCAAAUAUGCUCAUAUGAUUAAUGGCUUUACCGCGUUGGCGCUUACCAAAUUGGAUAUUUUGGACAUAUUUACAGAAAUCAAAGUUGGAGUUGCAUACAAAUUAGAUGGUGAAAUUAUACCUCAUUUUCCAGCAAACCAAGAAGUCUUAAAUAAAGUUGAAGUUCAGUAUAAGACUCUCCCAGGAUGGAACACAGACAUAUCAAAUGCAAGGACUUUUAAGGAACUACCUAUUAAUGCACAAAACUAUGUUCGAUUUAUUGAAGAUGAACUUCAAAUUCCAGUUAAAUGGAUUGGUGUAGGUAAAUCCAGAGAAUCUAUGAUUCAGCUCUUCUAAGGAUUUCC